AUGUCUGUUUAUGGUGAUGAACUUAAUCAGAUUUUUGUUCAAAGUAUUUUCCCUCAAUAUUUGUUGGAACAACCAAUUGGACAAGAUUUAUGGUUGAUAUAUCUCAAGAAUAAAAGGUUAUUCUCAAAAGUCAAGCAACAUGAGAUUAAGAAUCGUGCUCAAGGUGGUGAGGAAGGUGCUUUGAAGGAAGGUGGCUUUAAUCAUCCUAUUAAAUUAUCUCAUAAUACUAGGAAAGAAAUUUGGAAAAAAUUAAUGGAUUUAGGGGUGUUAGGUACUGUACCUUUUGAUUGGGCCAAUGAUGAAUAUUUAAUACAAGUUUAUAAAUAUUUCUAUCCUGACUCAUUGAUCAAUUCAUUAAGUGUUUCAAUUGGUGCUGAUUUACCUUUAAAUCCUUCAAAUAACUCUUCUUCUAAUUUUAAUACUGUUAAGAAUGAUGUUUUAGAAGAAUUUUCAAAACAAACCAGAUUAGAGUCAGGAAUUGUUGAUCAAGAAAGUAUUAGAAGUAUUCGGUUUAGAUCUGAUGAGAGUGAAGACGAUGAUUCAGAAGAUGAACGAGUCACCAGUACAAAUGAGGAAGAAGAGGACGAUGACGAGGAAGAAGAAGAAGAAGAAGGAGAAGAGGAAGAGGAAGAAGAAAAUGAUGCAAUGGAUAUUGACAAUGAUGAUGUUAUGAAUGUUAUAGAAACUGCUGGCAGUAGUGUAAAUGAUGAAGACUCUGAUAAUAUAAUAAUACCAAACAGGGAAGACACUAGCACAAGGAUUCGUCAACGUGCAGGAAGUGAAACCGAUCGGGUAUCUUCUAGAGGUUCUGAAUCUGAACCAGUUAGUUACUACCCAGCUCUUUCAGCUCAUAGGGUCACAUCAAAGUCAAAAAAUAAUGUUAUUUCACAAGAUAUCUAUGAAUUAUUGGGUUAUCCUUUACCAAGUCAAUGGCGUACUCAACAGAAUAAUUCAAUCAAUUUAUCAAGCGAUGGAUUUUCUCAAUUGAGCCCAAACUUAAAUUGGCCAGCGUUCUCUGGUCAUGAUAAUGCUGUGAUAAUUGCCAGAAACUAUUUUAAAGAUUUAUUAAAAGACUCAAAAUGUGAUUACGCAGUAAGUACCGCUAACCGUCCUGUUUAUUCCAAUAGAGCUGGUAUCUUUUACUAUGAAGUAAGAGUUUUAAGCGUAACCAGCUCACAAGGCGCUUAUAGUAGCGAUGUUAUGGUUGGAUUUAAAUGUUGGAAUGAUAAGGACAGCGAAGGUUCUAGUUCUGCACCCCAUCAUUCUCAGUCUGGUGACGAUGGUAUUUCUGCCAGAAAUUCAGGAGAUACAUCUGUCACCAGAGGAUCAGGUCGUAGUGGAAGUAUUAGAUCAGGUAAUGAUGCUUCAACAUCAGAUGCGACCGAUUUAAGUAAUGAACUUUAUUUAUACUGUGGUUUUAAUGGUAAGAUUUUUGAUAAUGAGGAUGAAGGUUCAUAUUCAAAACCAUUUGGACGUGAUGAUGUAAUAGGUUGUGGUGUUAAUUACAUCCAAGGAACUGUGUUUUUCACUAAAAAUGGUGUCUAUUUAGGGGAGGCAUAUUGGGAUAUUGGCAAUCUUGAUUUAGUUCCAUUCAUUGCAUUAAGACCAGGAAAUUCAAUUGGAACCAAUUUUGGGCUAUAUGAAGAAUACGUUUUUGAUAUUGUAGGUUACCUAGAAAGAUGGAGGUUGGAAAGUUAUUCUUAUAUUUUUAAAAACUAUUGUUCGGCUAGAGAUGCUGAUGGCUAUAAUGAAAAUCACGAGUUGGAAACAGAAUCAAGUGUCGCAGUAUCAGGAAAAGGUGGUAACACAUUUACAUCUUCUGUGGACGAGAACAAUGAAGAAUCUGUAGGAUCACAAAACAGGACCACCUUAAGAGAUUAUAAUGGAUCUGGGGAGGAUAAUAUUCCAAACUUUAGCUUCAAAGAUGAUAGACUUGUUAAUGGUAUUUUAAGGAAACCAUCUUCUCUAAUAUUUAAUAAGCUAAAAACAGAUGAUAGUUCUUUACAAACAUCUGUUAAAACAAUUGUGAAUGAUUAUUUGAUUCAAGAAGGUUUAAUAGAUGUUGCCAACGCAUUUCUAAAAGAUCUUAAAGAUGAGACUGUAAUUGAUCAAGAGACACAGGAAGAAGUGGACAGGAACCGUGAAGUUACUAGAUAUAAUGAAAGUCAAAUUAUUAAGGAAGAGAAUAACUUAAAGAAGAGACAAGCAAUAAGAAGGUUAAUUGCGGAAGGAAACAUAACAAAGUGUCUUCUAUAUUUGAACAAUGAAUAUCCUGAACUUUUAGCUUCGAAUAUAGAAUUAUACUUUGAGCUUAAGUUAGCUGAGUUUUUGUAUAGUAUUUUGAACUGCAAAGAUACACGAAUAGAAAACACAAUUCAACUUGGGCAACAAUUGUCAGCAGAAUUUAUAUUUAAUGACAAUGUAUCUGAAAGUGUGAAAAAUGUUUUCAAAACGAGAUUUAACGAUGUGUCUAGCUUAUUGGCAUAUGAAGAUCCUGUAAAAGAUGCUCCAUCAGAAUUGACAAAAUAUCUGACAGUUGAAUUCUUGAAUGAUCGUUUAUUUCAAUUGACAAAUUCUGCUAUACUAAAGUAUAUGAAGAAAAACAACGAAACUAACUUAGAAAAUAUCAUUAGGUACACAAGGGCAAUGUUAGAAACAAUGAUGAAUGAUAAUUCCAAAGGUGGCUCAGUCGAUGGUAAAUCUUAUAUGUACUACAGAGCUGUUAAUCUAGAUGAAGAUUUAUUGAACUUUAUGUGA